UGACUGAAUAAUUGUGCCUUAUGGCUUUAAUAAUGACUGACAGCGAGGCAGAAGCUUUCAUGAUCAUGCCAAUCUUUUGGAAUAUAGUGAUAAUAAUUCUAGAGUCUAUCAUUUCUAAGUUCACAGAGCUUAGAAAGAAUGUUCCCUUAGGAAACAAACUAUGACUACUUGAAUGAAAAUUGAAGUUCUUGGAAUGAAGACAGAACUCUUGAAUUGAUUUUUGCCUGCUGAUAAUGUUAUCUUGGUACAAUAUUUUUUUUCUAUUCCAGAUAACAUUAGCUAGUAUAGAUGGAGAACUUCAAAAACUUAAAGAAAUGACCAAUCAUCAGAAAAAACGUGCAACUGAAAUGAUGGCAUCUCUGUUAAAAGACCUUGCAGAAAUAGGAAUUGCAGUUGGAAACAACGAUGUAAAGCAGCCAGAAGGAACUGGUAUGAUAGAUGAGGAAUUCACGGUUGCAAGACUCUACAUCAGUAAAAUGAAAUCUGAAGUAAAAACUAUGGUAAAACGUUGUAAGCAGUUAGAAAGUACACAAACAGAAAGCAAUAAGAAAAUGGAAGAAAAUGAAAAGGAACUAGCAGCCUGUCAGCUUCGUAUUUCACAGCAUGAAGCCAAGAUCAAAUCACUUACAGAAUAUCUUCAGAAUGUGGAACAGAAGAAAAGACAGCUUGAAGAGUCUGUGGAUUCUCUUAAUGAGGAGCUAGUUGAACUCCACGCCCAAAGAAAAGUUCAUGAAAUGGAGAAGGAACAUCUGAAUAAAGUUCAGACUGCAAAUGAUGUCAAGCAAGCAGUUGAACAGCAAAUCCAAAAUCACCGUGAGACUCAUCAGAAGCAGAUUAGCAGCUUGAGAGAUGAAAUUGAGGCAAAAGAAAAAUUAAUAACUGAUUUGCAAGAUCAAAAUCAGAAGAUAAUACUAGAGCAGGAACGGCUCAGAAUUGAACAUGAUAAGUUGAAAACUGUGGACCAGGAAAAAAGCAAGAAAUUGCAUGAACUUACUAUUAUACAAGAUAGAAGAGAGCAAGCAAGGCAAGACCUAAAAGGUUUAGAGGAGACUGUGGCCAAAGAACUUCAGACUCUGCAUAAUCUCAGAAAACUCUUUGUUCAGGAUUUGGCUAGCAGAGUUAAGAAGAGUGCAGAGAUUGAUUCAGAUGAUACUGGUGGGAGUGCUGCUCAGAAACAGAAGAUUUCUUUUCUAGAGAACAAUCUUGAACAGCUCACAAAAGUCCAUAAACAGUUGGUACGUGAUAAUGCAGAUCUUCGCUGUGAACUUCCAAAACUGGAGAAACGGCUUAGAGCUACAGCUGAAAGAGUUAAAGCUUUGGAAUCAGCAUUAAAAGAAGCAAAAGAAAAUGCUUCCCGAGAUCGUAAGCGAUACCAGCAAGAAGUAGACAGAAUUAAAGAAGCAGUGAGAUCCAAGAACAUGAUCAGAAAGGCACAUUCAGCACAGAUUGCUAAGCCUAUUCGUCCUGGUCAACAUCCAGCUGCUUCUCCAACCCAUCCAAAUGCAAUUCGUGGUGGAACUGCUUUUACCCAAAAUAGUCAGCCAGUUGCAGUACGUGGAGGUGGAGCUCGGCAAGAGAAAGCAUGAAUUAUGAUAAUCAAGAUGGUGAGAAGUACACACAACAUGAUCAGAAUUGGAUAUUGCGCAAUGAGAGUCAUUCCUUGAAAAUUAGAAAAUUG